CGCGUCAAGUCACAAGGAAAAACCGGUCCCGAAAUAUAUAUUAAUAAAUAAAAUAAUUAAAAGUUCCUGGGAGAUCAAAAAAAAAGAUUGAUUUGUGUGCAAAGAAAUUUUAAAAUAAGAGGAUAUCAAUACAAAAUAAUAUAUUGAUAAUUAUCCAUAACAAAUAGUUAUAAAAUUCAACAAAAUUCAAAAUAACGAAUAAUUAACUUAAUUCUUAAAUUAAGGGAUUUAACAUUAGACCCUAAAGUCAAUUGGAAAUCUUUUUAAGAAAAAUUUAGAUUUCUCGGUGUUUUAAAAAUAAAUUGAUGUGAUAAAAUAUCAAGUUACUUUGUGAAAAAAUCGAAAAACUUAAACAUCCAAGUGCCAAAACAUAUAGUAUUCGUUUCAAAAUACUAAUUAACAAAAUAAGAAUAACUAAUUCAAAAAAUUAGUUAAAAUCAUGAAUUGAAAUUCAGAAAAUUGGUAAACCACCAAAAAGCUUUCAUAAAUUGCAUUUUAUAACAACUCAAACGCAAACUGAACUUUGUUCAGAAAAAUAGCAGAAUUAUGUUUGACAAGAACAUGGAUGCCAAUAAUUUAUCGGUGUCCAUCAGCGGGGACUUGGACUCCACAAGUUCCGGCGGCACUUCCUCGGAUCACUCGGCUGUCCAACAGGACAACCUUAGUUCGCCGAUGGCCUACGGAUCACUCUUCCUUCCAAACGCUGGUUAUCGAGGAAACCUCUCGUGCAAAACAGUACUCCAAUUAGAUAAAUUUGCACCCUAUGAGGGGGCGGAAAAGGAUCACCUGCUGGAGCGACGCUUCCAGGACAUUACCAACGACUAUGAUAAGUCACCGCCGCCCACCGCCUCGACCACGCCCACCCACUAUCCCAGUUUGAAUAGCAUUAUAUUCGAGAAUGGCAGUGGGGGCAAUCUGGGGGAUCUCAAUGGGAACACGAAGACGGAUUCCCUAUGCGGCUUGCAGAGGAGUGGCGGUGGAUUGGGUGGUAAUCCUGGGAACGGUGGUCACCUCAUCUCCAAUCUCACGUCCGCCCACAAUAUGUCCGCUGUGGGCAGCUUUCCCAUCGACGCCAAAAUGCUGCAGUUCUCCACGGAUCAGAUCCAGUGCAUGUGCGAGGCCCUGCAGCAGAAGGGCGACAUCGAGAAGCUGACCACGUUCCUCUGCAGCCUGCCACCCAGCGAAUUCUUCAAGACCAACGAGAGUGUCCUGCGGGCCCGUGCCAUGGUGGCCUACAACCUGGGCCAGUUCCACGAGCUGUACAACCUGCUGGAGACGCACUGCUUCUCGAUCAAAUACCACGUGGAUCUGCAGAACCUCUGGUUCAAGGCCCACUACAAGGAGGCCGAGAAGGUGCGCGGUCGUCCACUCGGAGCGGUGGACAAGUACCGCCUGCGGAAAAAGUACCCCCUGCCCAAGACGAUCUGGGAUGGCGAGGAGACGGUCUACUGCUUCAAGGAGAAGUCGCGGAACGCGCUCAAGGACUGCUAUCUCACCAAUCGCUAUCCCACGCCCGACGAGAAGAAGACGCUGGCCAAGAAGACCGGCCUGACGCUCACCCAGGUCUCCAACUGGUUCAAGAACCGCCGCCAGCGGGAUCGCACGCCCCAGCAGAGACCUGAUAUUAUGUCGGUGCUGCCUGUGGGCCAAUUGGAUGGAAAUGGCUUCCCGCGCAUGUUCAAUGCUCCAAGCUAUUAUCCCGAAACGAUUUUCAAUGGGCAAUAAACUUCGAUCCAUGCGGGGCUGUUUUUUUGUGUAAAUAAAGCGUAAUGCGUUUUUAUGUUAGGACAAAAACAAAUGGAUAACUGGUCAUCUAAUGACACAUCUUCGUUAGCUUUAGAAUAAAUUAAUGUUUGCUUUAUGUAUUGUACAAUAAUAAUAAACAAAUGGUAGUAGAUCAAUAAAUUCGAAUUACUAAG